AUCGUUUGAGUGAGGAUGGUAAAUGGGAUGAUCAAGGAACUGGCCACGUCACUGUUGAUUAUUCGGAGAGAUCAAAAGAACCUACUUUAUUUGUUUUUGAUGAAGAAGACAAUGAGACUUUGCUUUUACACCGCAUCAGCCCUGAUGACAUUUACAGAAAGCAAGAGGAUACAAUCAUAUCAUGGAGAGACUCGGAAUAUUCUACAGAAUUGGCACUUAGUUUCAAGAGAAUACGGGAUGCUCUUACUUAUGGGACCAUAUUUGCAAAUUGCAAAGAAAUAUGCAUUUAAGCCAGAUAGUGAGGCUAAUGGUAGAGAACAGGCUGAUUUGGAGAAAUCACUAAGUUUGAGAGAUGGCAGAACGUACAAGGAGGUUGUGAGUGUGGCUAACAGUAGGAGUUUGGAUCAACAACGAAUGGUGAAUAGGGAGGCCAGAAGAAAGCAAAUGGAGUGA